UCUCUUUCUAUAAAGUAAACGGAAAAAAAAACCCAAUCCGCAAUCCCUAACUCGGUUUCUCCCAUCUUUCUCUUCUCAAAAAAGCGGAAAAACAAUUUACAAGUAAGUUUUCUAUUUUACGCCUUGAGAUUAUUCAUUUUAUCCUUAUAAAUAUACAUGGGAUUUUGAUAUUGUUUCAGACUCUCAUAUAGAUUGAAGUUAAAAGAGUGAUUAAAGAAUUUGUAAAUGUUAAAAUGGAUUCUAAUUUGGAACCAGUGCCAGUUACUUCACAAAAACAUGACCCCGCAUGGAAGCAUUGUCAAAUGUAUAAGAAUGGGGCUAGGGUGCAGCUAAAGUGUAUAUAUUGUGGAAAAAUAUUUAAGGGUGGUGGAAUUCAUAGGAUUAAAGAACAUCUUGCGGGUCAGAAAGGUAAUGCAUCUACUUGUUUGAGAGUUCAGCCUGAUGUUCGGCUUUUGAUGCAAGAGAGCUUAAAUGGGGUUGUAAUGAAGAAGAGAAAAAAACAAAAGCUUGCUGAGGAAAUAUCAACUUAUAAUGUUGGCACUAGUGAGAUUGCUGCAUUGACUAAUAGUUGUGGCCUGAAUUCGGAAGUUGACUUGCUUCCAAUGCCAGUUGAAGCUCUUGAACAGACCUCUAAUUUGUUUCUGAAUCGAGACCACGGAUGUAAUAAAUUGGGUGGUAGGAAGAAAAAGGGUAGAAUCAGGAAAGCCUCUUCUUCAAAUAAUAACGCCAUGGUUCUUGCAAUGAACCAGGCUGCAAUGUCGAAAAGAGUGAACAAUCAUGUCCAUAUGGCAGUAGCCAGAUUCCUUUUAGAUGCUAGGGUGCCUCUUGAUGCUGUAAAUUCUGUUUAUUUCCAACCGAUGAUUGAUGCGAUCGCUUCACAAGGAGCAGAAGUUACAGGCCCUUCUUACCAUGACCUUAGAAGCUGGGUUCUAAAAGCUUCAGUUCAAGAAGUGAGGAACGACUUUGAUCAAUGUUCAAGCACCUGGGCGAGGAGUGGUUGCUCUGUUUUGGUUGAUGAGUGGAUUACAGGUAAGGGUAGAACACUAGUAAACUUUUUGGUCUACUGCCCCGAAGGGACAAUGUUUUUAAGGUCUGUGGAUGUAUCUAGCAUAAUAAAUUCUCCGGAUUCUCUUUAUGAGUUGCUUAAGGAGGUAGUUGAGGAAGUUGGUGUGAGAAAUGUGUUGCAAGUAGUAACUAGUAGCAAGGAGCGAUAUGUUAUUGCUGGGAAAAGGCUCACUGAUGCUUACCCUACACUCUUUUGGACUCCUUGUGCUGCUCACUCCGUUGAUUUGAUGCUCGAGGACAUAAAAGGACUUGAGUGGAUCAAUACAAUAAUGGAACAAGCAAAGUCUAUAUCAAGAUUCAUCUACAAUAAUAACAUUCUCUUGAGUAUGAUGAGAAAGUUCACCUUUGGAGUUGACUUAGUUGAUCUAGGAGUUACACGCUCGGCAACUGACUUUCUGACACUAAAACGAAUGGUAAAUAUCAAACACAAUUUGCAAUCAAUGGUUACUUCUGUGGAAUGGAUGGAGAGCCCACAUUCAAAGAAACCAGAGGGGUUCGCUGUGCUAGAUUAUAUCAGUAAUCAGUCCUUUUGGUCUACUUGCAGCUUGAUUACCCGCUUGACAGAUCCCAUCUUGAGGCUUUUGAGGAUAGUCUGUAGUGAGGAGAGGCCUGCGAUGGCAUAUGUUUAUGCAGGGCUCUAUCGAGCAAAAGAAACAAUUAAGAGUGAGCUUGUGAAUAAGAAGGAUUACUUAGUUUAUUGGAAUAUUAUAGAUCACAGGUGGGAACCACUUCAGCGACAUCCUCUUCAUGCUGCGGGGUUUUACCUCAAUCCCAAGUUUUUCUAUACUACUGAGGAAGAGUUGGGCCUCCAUAUCAGAUCUCUUUUAUAUGAUUGUAUAGAGAAAUUGGUUCCUGAUCCUAAAAUCCAAGACAAAAUUGGGAAAGAAACUACUUCUUACCACAACGGUGCUGGAGAUUUUGGUAGGAAAAUGGCAGUGAGAGCUAGAGACUCUCUUUUUCCUGCUGAUUGGUGGUCAACUUAUGGUGGAGGAUGCCCAAAUUUGGCUCGCCUGGCCAUCCGUAUUCUUAGUCAAACAUCAAGUUUGAUCAGGUUCAAGCCAGGUCGAAUUCCUUUAGAAGAGAUGCAUGAGACAAAAAAUUGCAUUGAGCAUCAAAGACUUAAUGAUCUUGCUUUUGUUCACUAUAACUUGUGGUUGAGGCAAAGCAAUAGGCAAAACAUGGAUCCGGACUGUAUGGACUCCAUCUCCUAUGACAAAAUGGACCUUGUUCAUGACUGGGUUUCCAGAAGGGAACUAAGCUCGGAGGACAUGGAAAAUUCAGACUGGAUGACAGUUGACCCACCUUCAGGCAGCAUAGCUCCCUUAGGUCCACUAGUUGAUGAUAUUGAAGCCUUAGGUGCAGGUUUUGAUGAUUUUGAAAUUCUUGGUGGGGGGCCAAAAGAUAGUGAAGAAGAGAAUGGAGAGGAGAAUACUAUAAAUAAGUGAACUUUUGCUAUAGAAGAUUCUUGUUCUGUUGGAAGGAAAUGGGAAGAUUAUGCUGAGUCCAGUGUGGUGGUGAGGUGGACCUUAAUUUUAAGCCAUAACAAAUGGUAGCGAGCAAAAUUGAAGAUUUGGUGCCGAUGCUCAGUUGUUAUGUGCUAUUCCUCUACACAAGCUUGUUUCGUUUGUAUCUUCCCGUUACUGCUGAUAGCAAUCUCGUGUAGCAUGUGAUGUAGACAUUAAUCUCUUUUUCUUUAAAUAGAAGCUGUUGCCUGUUAGGUAGGCCUUGUUUGUUGAAUGGUGUGACUGAUUGAGAAUCUGGAAUCAUUCCGAGAAGUCAUUGGUAUCUCA